AAGCAAAAACCUGUACCUCCCUCAGCUCCUCCCAUAAUCCCUAUAAAUACCCAUCUCCAAUCCUCCACAAUUCUCCCACUUUUCACCUUUGUUCAUAUGCAGAUUGCCUCUGAUAAUCCUUUAUCAUGAGCAACAUCCCAAGAUCCCUCACAGAUUCGUCUCUUACCCUUUUCAAACUCGCCAUUUCUUCUUCUGAUCCUUGGCCUUUUUCUCUUGUUUUCUUAUAACUAGUUGUUAUCAACUUGAUUAAGCUAUUGUAUUUAUUUUUCUCUUGAUCUCCUUUUUUCUUCUGGGUGUGUUUGAAAUUAAAAUGGGGAGUGGAGAGAAACACCACAUCAGUUUUCAUCUGCACAUACCGCAUCUUCAUUUUCAUCAUCAUCAUCAUCAUGGGAAGAAAGAUUUGAAGGAUAUUCCGAAGGGGUGUCUGGCGAUCAUGGUGGGGCAUGAAGGGGAGGAACAGCAGAGGUUUGUGAUUCCGGUGAUCUACAUAAACCAUCCCCUGUUCUCGCAGCUACUCAAGGAGGCAGAGAAGGAAUAUGGUUUCGAUCAGCAAGGACCCAUCACCAUCCCUUGCCACGUCGAGGAGUUCCGGAAUGUUCAGGGCUUGAUCGAUAAGGAGCACCACCACCACCACCACCAUGUCUUAUGCUUUAGGGUUUGAUCAAUUUGAUCCAUUCAUGAAAAUCUGUUUCUUUUCCCAUUUCUUUCUGCUUUUUUUUUUCUUUUUUCCAAUUGUAGUAAUUAUGUCUCUUUGUAGAUGAUGGCGACGAAAAAAAUGAGUGAAAGGAAAAAAGAAAAAGAAAAAAGAAAUGGCUUCUCUCAAAUUUAUAGCAAUUGUUUGUUGUUUCUCUUCUUUUCCCAACCUUUUUUUUUUUUUUUUUGGUUAAUAUUAAUGUGAACAAGAAGCAAGUUGGGACAUGGGGGUAGAGCAGAGGUUUUGAUUCAUGUCCAUUGGAAUUUGAUUCCUUCCUUGUAUGAUGACCCAUCCACAAUGCUACACGCACUAUAUGUCUUG